UGACUAAAAUUGUCUGGCCUGUCAUCCAAAAUGAUCCAACAUGUUUCCAAAAGUUGGUUGGAAUGAUUCGACAAUCACUUAGCCUCAUAAUAAGGAUUAAUUUGAGGUCUGUCACCCCAAUCAAGGAAAAUUCGUAGUAAUUAACUUUUAUGUGAAUUUGGUCAUGAGUUUCUUUGCGAUAUAAUCAAUAUUUGUUUGUGAUGGAUGGACUGUUUAUGCUGAGUUGAACAGUUUACAAGUUCCAUCACGCUAUAUGGUCGCCUGUUUAUGAGAAAAGGAGUUAGAAGAAAAAACAACUGUGCACCUAUAACCCACUGAAAUCCUUCUGCAAGUCAUGCCUUUACUCCACCGGGAUUUUAAGAAUUACACCGUCAGUUUGUAAAGUGAUAAUCCUUCUUCAAGGCUUAAUUGGUCAAGGUCGCGUCCUUGUUUAACUCAAAUAUUAUGGGCUGAAGAAUCCAAGAGGUAAUGCAGUCGUACAGCACUUCGCAACAAGUCAACAACGAGGAUCGCUCCGAACAUCGAAAACAACAUUUCUAAUUAUCACACUUCACAUCUUUCACGGUUACAAUGAAGCUGUUUGUUUUUUUAUUGAUGGCAAUUUUCGAUCGGACCAGUCCACAAACUAUUGGUGCCACAGUUGGAGCCUCUAUUGGAGAUAUUCUAAUUCCUCGGCAAGAUACACUUUCGAAUCGUGUCGUCUCAUUUAUUGCAAGUCGCAUCUUUAACUCAAAUGUCGCACCUCAGUUAAGCGACGUCCGAUUUUUCCUCUGGACCAGAUCAAAUCCCAAUUUUGGUUUACAACUUCUGAUUAACCAACCGGAUGUAUUAAAUCGGUCAACUUUCAACCGCCUCCGACCUGUCAAAGUUCUUAUUCACGGAUUUGGUGGAAAUGGAACGACUGAUCGCUUUGUGUCAAAAGCCCGCGACGCUUAUUUGCUGCUGGGCGAUUUCAACGUCAUCACAGUUGACUGGCGUUCUCUUGCUGAGUAUCCCAACUAUGCCCGCGCUGCUCUUAGCACGACGCCAGUUGGCAUCUACGUUGCAAAAUUCCUGGACUUUUUGAUAUCUCAGGGUACUUCGUCGUCAUUACUCCACGUUAUUGGUUACAGCUUGGGAGCUCAUGUGGCCGGUAGUGUCGGAAACUGUCUUCGCCUCGGUCGCCUUCCGCGAAUCACAGGACUUGAACCAGCUUCCGGUGGCUACGAACGGAUUGAGAAACUGAGAAGUUUGAGCUCCAGUGAUGCCGAUUUUGUUGAUGUGAUUCACACCAACGCGAAUGUCCUCGGUCUUGGCACCACUACGCCUAUCGGCCAUGCCGAUUUUUAUCCCAACGGCGGCCACUGGCAAUAUGGUUGUCUCUGGAACACGGAAUACGAUUCCUUAAUUCAUUGCAGUCACGGUCGAUCGACACACUAUUUCAUCGAAUCCAUCUUGGCUGGGCCCACCAAAUUCCUGUCAUCGAGGUGCCCAAGUUAUUUGAAAUUCAAUCUCGGUAUCUGCGGUGGUUGUCAGGAUCCACUUGACAGACACAAUUGUGUUUCGAUGGGAGAAUUCGCCAAUCCGACUGCCUCUGGAACUUACUACCUGUACACCAAUCCCACUUCACCUUACUCGAUCGAAUAGCUCGGAGAGUUUUUAAUAAUAUCUACCGACCACCAUCACGACGUCUGCUCCAAAAGUCUCUAUCAAGGCUUGAAGAACAGUAUGGAAAUGAUUUAUCCUUAUAGGAUUUUGAUAUUCGAAUCUAAAUUGUAACACGAAAUGUAGUGUGUAAUGUUUUAAAUUCGCUGUACAGGACUCAAUAAAAGAAUACGUAAUUUUCUCA